UUUGAUGCGUCAAAACGAGAUAAUUUAUUUCUUGGCAAAAUUACUUAAACAGGUGUUAUAUAUAUAUACGUCUGCAUCUCUUUUUUUUUGAUUACCAAAAAACAAAAAAACAUUUCUUCCAUAUUAGUUCUUAUAAGUUUACGUUUUCUUAUUAUUAAAAAUUAAUUACAAUAAUUACUAUAAAUUUUUCCUUAUAAAAUUUACACAAUGCCUUGCGCUUCACACGUUUUACCUCCUCGGAUUAAAAUCCCAGAGAUCGUUGUUACAAACACACUCAUAGUUACUAAUCUUGAUCGAGAAGCUUUUAUUCCUGAAAAUCUUGCUGAACUUCGAGAUCGCUUAGAACGACAUGGAAAAAUAUAUAAACUUGUGCCGAUUAAGUCGUUCAAUCGCAUUCUUGCUAUUUUUUAUCAAACCAAUGAUGCAAAAACUGCCAAAAGAUAUUGCGACAGAGGAGAAUUCUUAAACAAAGUUAUACGUGUAUAUUAUGGACAGCAUACUCCCUUAUAUGACGAAAUCGAUAAUUCAAGGCAUCUUAAUGUACCAGAGCUUGAAAGAAAUUGGCUGGUAUCCCCACCUUGUUCACCGCCAGUUGGAUGGACUCAAAUUAAAGAAGACCGUCCUAAUUCUAACACUUUAGCUGAUGAUUUAGUUCAUGCUCUAGCGCAUGCUUCUUUGAACGCAAAUUAUUUUAAAAAUCAUGAUGUUGAUGAUUUUUCUUUAAAUGAUAAUUUUAAUCAAGUUAACAACGAGGAGAUUUCUAGAAUGCAAAAACCAAUAUUGACUGUCGUUCCAUGCGAUUCAGAUUCCAAUCAAGGCAAUGCUAAAGUUCCUCUCAUCCUCAUUCAGGAUUGGGAUAACUCGGAAUCACAAGAUACUAGAAAAACAAAGACACGAAAUUUCAAUAUACAGCAAACCAAAGCACAACUUUAUCCUACUUUGUUGCAACGUGCACCUACUCCAACUCCUAGACCUCCACUCCUCUUUUCGUAAUUAUUUAAUUUUAAUGUAUUUAUAUAUAUAUUUUUUUUUUAAACUUAGUAAAUAUAAUUUUCGAAAUAGACAAAUAUUUUAUGAAAGUAGAAUAUAUAUAUAUUAAAGCUUAGAUAAAUUUUCAUCGUUACUUUUUUAAAAUCUUUGUUUA